AUGCGCUAUCGCGGAGUGGGUGCAUCCAUUUGCCAGGAUAAACUCAAAUCAAAUCUUAGAAGGAAGUUCCAGCAUUUGUUUGAGGGAAUUACUAAAGCAGGAAACCCAACACCUUUCAAUCAGAUCUACACAGAGCUGUACAUCACAGAGGGAGGGACCGGAGAGGUCAGUGACGAACAUGAGGUCAGACAGAUCGAAACAGCAUCUAGACGACGUGCGAGGUUAGAAAAGACAAUCGCCUGUAAAGACAUAUUUCAGCCGCUGCUGGGAAGAGAUCAACCAGUCAGAACAGUGCUGACAAAGGGAGUGGCUGGUAUUGGGAAAACGAUAUUAACACAAAAGUUCACUCUAGACUGGGCAGAAGGCAAAAACAACCAAGAUAUCCAGUUUACAUUUCCAUUCACUUUCAGGGAGCUAAAUGGAUUAAAGGAGGAAAAGGUGAGCUUGGUAGAACUCGUUCACCUCUUCUUCUCUGAAACAAAGGAUGCAGAAUUUUGCAGAUUUGAAGACUUCCAGGUUGUGUUCAUCUUUGACGGUCUAGAUGAGUGUCGCCUUCCUCUGGACUUUCAAAAGAAUAAGAUCCUAACUGAUGUCACAGAGUCCACCUCAGUGGAUGCACUGCUGACAAACCUGAUCAGAGGAAAACUCCUUCCAUCUGCUCGACUCUGGAUAACCACACGGCCUGCAAUGGCCAGUCAUAUUGAUCCUAAAUGUGUUGACGUAAUAACAGAAAUCAGAGGAUUCACUGACUCGAAGAAGGAGGAGUACUUCAGGAAGAGUUUCAGGAAUGAAAAGCAGGCCAGCAGGAUCAUUUCCCACAUUAAAGCAUCACAAAGCCUCCACAUCAUGUGCCACAUCCCAGUCUUCUGCUGGAUCACUGCUACGGUUCUGGAGGAUGUGCUGAAAACCAAGAAGGGAGGAGAGCUGCCCAAGAACCUGACAGAGCUGUACAUCCACUUCCUGGUGGUUCAGGCCAAAAUGAAAAAGGUCAAGUAUGAUGGAGGAGCUGAGACAGAUCCACACUGGAGUCCAGAGAGCAGGAAGAUGAUUGAAUCUCUGGGAAAACUGGCUUUUGAUCAGCUGCAGAAAGGAAACCUGAUCUUCUAUGAAUCAGACCUGACAGAGUGUGGCAUCGAUAUCAGAGCAGCCUCAGUGUACUCAGGAGUGUUCACACAGAUCUUUAAAGAGGAGCGAGGACUGUACCAGGACAAGGUGUUCUGCUUCGUCCAUCUGAGUGUUCAGGAGUUUCUGGCUGCUCUUCACGUCCAUCUGACCUUCAUCAACUCUGGAAUCAACCUGCUGGAAGAGGAACAAACAACCACUCAGAUGUCAAAGCCUAAUCAAAAGGAACUGAAACUCUUCUACCAGAGUGCCGUGGAACAGGCCUUACAAAGUCCAAAAGGUUACUUGGACUUGUUUCUACGUUUCCUUUUGGGUUUGUCACUGCAGUCCAAUCAGACUCUCCUACAAGGACUACUCAAAGAGACAGGAGUAAACUCACAGAUAAACCAGGAAGUAGCCAAGUACAUCAGGGAGAACAUUGGGGAGAAUCUGUCCCCAGAGAGAAGCAUUAACCUGUUCCACUGUCUGAAUGAGCUGAACGACCACUCUCUAGUGGAAAGGAUCCAACAGUCGCUGACAUCAGGAAAUCUUUUCACGGUUAAACUAUCCCCGGCUCAGUGGUCUGCUUUGGUGUUCAUCUUACUGUCUUCAGAAAAAGAUUUGAAUGAGUUUGACCUGAGGAAGUACUCUGCUUCUGAAGAAGGUCUUAUGUGGCUGCUGCCAGUGGUCAAAGCUUCCAGUAAAUCUCUGAUGAUUGGAUGUAACCUUUUGAGCAGAAGCUGUAAAGCGCUGUCCUCUGUUCUUAGCAAGUCCUCUAGUUUAAAAGAGCUGGACCUGAGUUACAACAACCUGCAGGAUUCAGGCAUAAGACAAAUGUUUGCAGAUCUGGAGAAAAACUUUAAACUGGAGGUUCUCAGGCUAAGUGCCUGCGAGCUUUCAUGGAGAAGCUGUAAAACUCUCUCCAGAGUUCUCAGCAGUCAGUCCUCUACUCUGGAAGUGCUGGAUCUAAAUAAUAAUGACUUGACGGAUUUAGCAGUCACGUAUCUCUUCACGCCACUUAAGAGUCAACUGUGUACACUGAAGAUUGUCAGGCUGGGUGGCUGUAGCCUGUCGAAUGAAAGCUGUGAAGCUCUUGCUUCAGUCCUCAGUUGCCAGUCGUUCAGUAUGAUAGAGCUGGACCUGAACAAUAAUGACCUGCGGGACUCAGGAGUGGCGCUGCUGUCUUGUGGAUUGAAGAGUCCUCAGUGCAAACUUGAAACUCUCAGCUUGUCAGGUUGUCUGAUAACAACAACGGGUUGUGCUUCGUUGAGCUCAGCACUGAGUUCAAACCCUUCUCAUCUGAGAAAGCUGGAUCUGAGUUAUAAUCACCCAGGACCCACAGGAGUGACGCUCUUCUCUGCUGCACUGCAGGAUCCACACUGCAGAUUGGACUCUCUAAGGCUGGACAGCUGCGGAGCUCAACGAUUGAAACCAGGACUGAGGAAAUACGCCUGUGAACUCAAAAUGGACCUGAACACAGUACACAGGAACCUUUACCUGUCAGAAAACAACCUUGUGACAGAUGACGACGAGGAAUGGCUGUAUCCAGAUCACUCUGAGAGGUUUGAGUGCUGGUACCAGCUGAUGUGUACACGUGGCCUGACUGGUCACUGUUACUGGGAGGUGGACUGGAGUGGGCUGGUGUCUAUAGGAGUGACUUACAGAGGGAUUAAAAGGAGUGGUGCUGGUAUUGACAGUCGUAUUGGUGGGAACAACAUCUCCUGGAGUCUGGACUGCUCUGCUGAUAAUUAUUCUGCAUGGCAUAAUAACUCAGUGCGGAUCAUAGAUAGCCCUGCUCCCUCCACGAACAGAGUGGGAGUGUAUUUGGACUGGUCUGCUGGCACUGUAGCCUUCUACAGAGUCAUUUUGGAUACACUGACACACAUCCACACGUUCCACUGCAGCUUCACCGAACCUCUUUAUCCUAUCUUCAGGAUACGGUCAGAGUUCACCUAUGGUGUUUACAACGCUGUGUCUCUAUGUCAGAUGGAUGCAGAAGACUAGAGACAAACUGCUUUCCUUACACGUUUAAUCGAAGCAUUUUGUAAUUUGAAGAUAACUGACAAACAUGGACUAUAAUGGACUAUAACAGACACAAAAUUUUACAUCUUGGUUUGGCAGCUGCAAGUCCUGUGAGAAGCAACAACUCAAUAGGAUUGUUAAGACUGCCAGGAGGAUUGUUGGUGCCCCUCUCUUGUCUACAAACAGCGCCGCAUACGCAGAGCUAUCUCCAUCAUCAGAGACCCCCACCACCCGUCUCAUGGCCUGUUCUUCCUCCUGCCGU